AUGGGGUGCGGCCUCUCAGAUUUACGCCGAUCCAAGUCGAGGAGGACUGCAGCUGUCGAAGACGACACGGCCAUUGGUAGUACUGGUGGUCACGAGAAAAACAAAGUAAAAAUUAAUUAUGGUAGUGAAGCACGACUUUUAUCCACUGAACCAAAGGUGGUCUUUAUAUUUGGUGGGCCUGGCUCAAAGAAAGGAGCAAUUGUUAAUGAAUUGAUCUGUACAUUUGGUUUUACUUUAAUCAAUACUGAACGUAUAAUUUUACAUGAAUUGAUGAAGAACCAAAGUGAAAAUCAGGUUCCUUUUGAUCCUUCUGCUGUUAUCAGAAAUCAGUUGAAGGAGCAUCCAGAUAUUGUCUCUCUGGAUUGGAUUAUGCAAGAAAUUAUUAAGCAACUAGAUAAAAGACCAAAGGGCUUUUAUUUAGUUGAUAUUCUUCCAAACCUAAAAGUUUUGCUGAAAUUAGAAGGAAUGAUGAAAAAUGCUUCAGAGGAACUGAGUAUGCUAGAAUCAAAGUAUCCUGUAUCAUUUGUGAUCAACAUAGAGAAGACUGUAAUAAAAAAACCGCCAAGCACAGAGACCCAAAAUCAGAAAAAGAAUAAAACUGCAGGAAACAAUACACAAACUGAUGAAGCUGACUUCAGCAGAACUGAGAAACGUUUGAGUUUGUAUACAAAUGCUGUAAAACCAUUUUUGGAUUAUUUUAAAAAGUCAGAUAAACUGAUAUCACUUGAUUGCUCAUCUGCCCCAGAAGAAUGCAACUCCAUUCAUGAUUUGUAUUUAGUGAAUUACCUCUCUCUGAAUGACUUUGCAAAUUCAAAACCAGGAGUUACAUCACUGGAGAAAGUAUUUCGUGCAUUGUGUUCUCAUAUUACCUACCUCGAUUUUGAAAAUCGUAACUUCCUUGUUGAUAUGACAGAUAUUGAAAUUACCACGGAGUCCUUUAGACACAUGUCAGCCAAGAAACCUGUCUUAUUCUUUGAGGUCACUAAUUCAAUACUGAAGAAAUACCUGGACUGCCGAAGUCAGUUUUUGUUUCUCCACAGUCCCUUGCUCAUUCUUCCCUGUAGAGAAAAGAGUAUAAAAUAUUUCCUUACUCCCUGA